AUGACAGGGCACAUCCCAGAUACCGGGCCCUGGUCGCGCGCCCCACCCCAGUCCUACCUUUCUCUCACAGAAUCGCAGGAAGCCGCGCUGCGAGCGUACCUCGACUCGGCCUCCCUCGGCCUUGAGCGCGACGAGCGGAAACACCGCCUUGCGCCGCUGUCAUCUCUCAUUUCUCGUCUGUUACCGCUGUUCCAAGCGAUACUCCAGCUCCCAGCGCGUGAACCGUGGGCGUCCACCCGCGCAGCAUACCUCCUCGCUUUAACCGCCAACGCGCCUCGUUACAUCCAGAAGCUCCCGCUCAUGACCGUAUCGGACGGUGUGGACGAGACUGAUCCCGACGUGUGUGCUGUCAUUGCGGAGAAGGCGGGAGAGACGAUGCAGGGCGUCCUCGAUCUCCUUGGGAUCAUUGAGCGGGGGUGGAUUGCAGUGCUACGAGGCGAAGGAUGGAGGGCUGGGGAGGAUUCCACGGGAGGCGAAGCUGUGGAAGUCGAAGGAGGCCAGGGGAUCGACCAGACAUCCAAGGUCCGCCUGCGUUCCGUUAUCAACCUCGCGCGCGAGAAGAUUCUUUUGUGGGCAAGGCCAUAUGGGUCAUUCGGCGGCGAGUCCAUGGGCCCCGACGGCGUCGACGGUGAGGUGCAUACAGAAGAGGAGCGAAGUGGAUGGGAACAGCAGAUUGUCGACAUGUGGAAAGGGAUAUUGGAGGAGCUGGACAGACAGACACCCCCGGAAGAAGAGGUAAUCUAG